AUUUACCAGUGGAUGUUCAAAAACUUCAUAAACUCGCAAAAUUUCGGGAAGAUAGCAUAACUAAUCAACUACUAGUCUACUACUAUAAACUCCCAAAAUAUGUAACACUUUUCUUUGACAGCACAAAAUAUCAAAAACUUACCACACUACUGUCUAGAUUCAAAAAAAUGAAAAUUAAACACUGCUAUGAUUAAUAAGAACAAAAAAAUUGAUAGAUUUACUAUACAAACUCCUAUGUACUCGUAUAUAACCGCUGCAGCUAGGAAAUUAACCACCCAAAAUCAUCUAAAACAGCUCCAUGCUCAGAUCAUACUCAACUCCCUUCAUAAAUCCAAUUUCUGGGUUUCAUUACUCAUUUCUCAAUGCACUCGUCUCAGUGCACCAACUUCUUAUGUUAAUGUCAUUUUCAAUUCUACUACAUGCCCAAAUAUUCAUAUCUACACUUGUAUGAUCAAGUAUUUCUACCAUCUGGGUGCACAUCAAGAUGUUCUAUUACUUUUUCAAAAAUUGCAGAGAGAACAAACUUUGCCUGAUGUUUUUGUGUACCCAAUUUUGAUUAAAUCUGCUGGAAAAUCUGGUGUUGUGUUACAUGCCCAUGUUAUUAAACUGGGUUUUGGAUGCGAUUAUAUUGUGUGUAAUGCGGUUAUGGAUAUGUAUGCGAAAUAUGGGCCGGUCGAAGUUGCACGAGAGGUGUUCGAUGAAAUGCCUAAGAGAAGUGUUGCGGAUUGGAAUUCGAUGAUCUCUGGGUACUGGAGGUGGGGAUUGGGAGUUGAAGCCAGAGAGCUUUUCGAUGUAAUGCCUGAGAGAAAUGUGGUUAGUUGGACUUGUAUGGUUACUGGGUAUUCGAGGAUGAAGGAUGUCGAGUGGGCGAGGUGGUUUUUUGAUGGCAUGCCGGAGAAAAAUGUUGUGUCGUGGAAUGCAAUGCUUUCUGGAUAUGCUCAUAAUGGGUUGGAAGAAGAGGCUUUGAAAUUGUUUGAUGAAAUGUUAACUGCCGGGGUUAAGCCUGAUGAAAGGACAUGGGUAACGAUCAUCUCGUCUUGUUCUUCGAAGGUUGAUCCUUGCCUUGCAGAAUCACUUGCAGGAAUGAUUGACAAGAGGAAGGUUCAAGUCAACUUGUAUAUUCAGACAGCCCUUCUUGAUAUGUAUGCAAAAUGUGGGAACAUAGAGGCUGCCCGUAAUAUCUUUGAUGGAUUAGGAUUAUGCAGAAACUCUGCUGCCUGGAAUGUUAUGAUCUCAGCAUAUGCACGAAUUGGUGAUCUCGACUCAGCAAGGAAUCUAUUCGACAGUGUGAGUGAAAAGAAUAUUGUUUCUUGGAAUUCAAUGAUUGCUGGUUAUGCGCAAAAUGGACAAUCACCUCAGGCCAUUGAACUUUUCAAAGAAAUGAACUUGAUUGGGCACCCUAAACCGGAUGAGGUGACCAUGGUUAGUGUACUAUCUGCAUGUGGACAUCUUGGGGCUCUGGAAUUGGGAAAUUGGGUUGUAAAUAUCCUUUCCAAGACAGAGAUUAAGCUUAGCAUCUCAGGGUACAAUUCCAUGAUAUUUAUGUACUCUAAAUGUGGUAAUAUGAAAGAUGCCUUGAGGAUCUUCGAGGAGAUGGAAGCUAGAGAUGUGGUUUCUUACAACACGAUAAUGGCAGGUUUUGCCUGUCAUGGUAAUGCUGUCGAAGCUAUUGAACUUAUGUCAAAAAUGCAAGCAGAGGGCAUUAAGCCAAACCGUGUAACAUUCAUAGCUGUAUUAACUGCAUGCAGCCAUGCAGGUUUGUUAGAAGAAGGUCGAAAAUUAUUUGAUUCCAUCAACUGUCCAUCAGUUGACCACUAUGCAUGCAUGGUUGACCUUUUGGGUCGAGUAGGUAAGUUAGAUGAAGCUCUGAGAUUGAUCGACAAGAUGCCAAUGGAACCCCAUGCAGGUGUUUAUGGGUCCCUUCUUAGUGCCAGCCGAACCCACAAGAGAGUUGAAAUAGGGGAACUUGCUGCAACCAAGCUUUUUGAGCUCGAACCCAACAACUCAGGUAUUUAUGUGUUGCUAUCGAAUAUAUAUGCAACAUCAGGUAGGUGGAAUGAUGUUCAAAUAAUCAGAGAAGCUAUGAAGGAAAGUGGAGUAAGCAAGACAAUAGCAUGGAGUUUGGUUGAAUAUGAUGGGAAAAUGCACAAGUUUAUAGCAGGAGAUAGAUCACAUGAGAGAACAGCAGAUAUAUACAGAUAUUUAUCUAAGCUCAGAAGACAGAUUAAAGAAUCUGGGUAUUUUGCUGACAAGAGUUGCGCGUUAACAGAUAUUGAGGAGGAAGAGAAAGAAGAAACAGUGGGAAGCCACAGUGAGAAACUGGCUAUUUGCUUUGCUCUUCUUGUAAGUGAAGCAGAUUCUGUAAUAAGGGUAGUCAAGAACUUGAGGGUUUGUUCAGACUGUCACAUGGCUAUAAAGAUUAUCUCCAAGUUGGAGGGAAGAGAGAUAAUUGUGAGAGAUAAUAACAGGUUUCACAAUUUCAAGGACGGGCUCUGCUCCUGCAAAGACCAUUGGUAAUGCAGUUGUAUAUAAACCAGGAAAUUCGGGGGUCCAAAGAGUUUCUAGAACAGGCAGUUAUACUGCAUUGCUCUUCCAAUUGAAGGGUAUAUGUAACAUUAUUAAUCAUUCAGCUAUAGGAAGUCAGAUGUUACUAUCUCACCUUAUCAAUCAGAUUUUUUUCAAUUAGCUGAGUAUGUGGCCAGACCCAGAGAGGGAAGAUAAUAAUCACAUCGACAUUUUCCUUGAAGCAUGGUUGUGUGGGUAACAAAAGAUGUUGUUUCUUGUACUCGCAUUCAUCGAGUUGCAAUUGUAAUUGAAGGAACGAAGAAAGAAGCAGGUGUCUUGACACAUUUCCCAUUUAAUCAUAUAGGUAAUAAAACCCUUGUAGUAGUUUUGAUAUA